CUUGUCGAUAUGGACGGCGACGAUCUUGGAAGCUACGCAGCUGCGGCGCGACGUGACACCGUCGCACUUGCACCUGUGUGCUAUGUCGCAUGCAGCAUUCAAUGCGAAGAUCGCAAUAAUAUCGGCAGCUUGUUCUCCCAGUCUCAGUUCCAACGAUGGAGCACUAUAAAAAUGUCGUCUUACAGGGCUCAACGUCAACGUCAACAGCCACAUUCCCCAUACUCACCCGUCUUCACUCUCAGUAGUCAUGGAGUUCCGUGGAAAUGCUCAAUAUAGCCCCUCUUACCCCCAGGCUCACCCGGCAUACUACGGAACGAAGACGGAAACAAUCAUCCAGACUGAGCGCAGCAGCUCUCCCUUUGCACGGAUGCCGUCGUCGCCGCCUUUCAUAAACGAGGCCCCGAGUCCGUCGCCGACGCUCGCCCGCACGAGCUCCUCCAUCAAGGUUCCAAGGACGUUGGCGCAAUGGACCGCCGAAGCACAGGCGUCCACAGCCGAGUUUCGCAAAAACGGAUCCUCGACUCCGUUUGCUUGGGUCUACGUGGAAGGUCAUAACAUUCCGCCGAGCGCUGUCAUAGCUGGGGACGAACGCGGCAAGCCGCUCUACGUAGCGCGGACCUUCUUUGAGGGCACCUUGCAGAUUGGAAAGGCGGGACAUCACCUGAGGCUUGGCGCUUCCAUCCCUCUCAAAGCACGCGAAGUCGAUGUUGCUGCCUAUGAAGUCCUGGUGGCAGCGAUGACGCCGAGCCGCUGGGUCUACCAAAGCACAGAUUCUAUGACCAUCAUCGAGAAGCAAAUGAGUGAUAUCGGCAUCGGGGGUGCUAGCUCUAUCCUGCAACGUCGCCUCAAGGAAAUCAAAGUCGUCGUCAUCGUCGACGAUUCGAUGUCGAUGGAGGGCCAAUACUGGAUCAACGCAGGCGAAGCGCUUGCGGAUGUUGCGGAGAUGGCAAACGCGUACGAAGCGGACGGCAUUGAUAUCUACUUCCUGAACGAUAAUCAUUCCCUCCUGGACGUUAAGAGCAAGGCGGCUGUCCGUGGCCUCUUCCAAGAAGUUCGGCCGGAAGGCCAGACGCCAACUGGCCAGAAGCUCUACGAGGUCCUCAGCAGAUACAUCCCUAAGCUCAAGGAGCCAUGCGCGAAGCCGACCAGCAUCAUCGUCAUCACCGACGGUGUCCCGACCGACGAUCCCGAGAUGGUCAUCGUUGACGCCGCUCGUCGUCUCGAAGCGAACGGGAUCCCCUCACGCCAGCUCGGCAUCCAGUUUGUGCAGAUCGGCGACGACCCGGAUGCGACGGAGGCGUUGAAGGAGCUCGACGACGGUCUCGAGCAGAAGCACGGUAUCCGCGACAUCGUGGACACGACCGUCUACAACCCCAACCAGCCUACCUUCCGCACCGAAACGCUCGUCAAGAUCCUCCACGGUGCCGUCCAUAACGCUCUCGACAACGGUGCCAAUCCCAUCGGUGCGGUUCUGGAGUUCGGUAAUCCCUUCUAAAGCUUGAGGAUAACGUCCGCGUCGUCGCGUUCGAGUCUUGCCGUGGUGUCCCUCACUGCUCCAAAUGUGUAUAUGUCUUUCAUCAUGAAACUUAAGCCAAUCGUAUCAUCGCUCAGAGACUGCAGUCGGCUCAGGGUCAGCAUGACGUCGUCACUGUCGUUGAAAGACUAUCCAUCCACCAGCGUUUGAACGUUUUGAUUCAGUGAGAGCUGAUGCGCGUCGACCCACAAGUUCUGCCAGGUAUCGCAGGUGUUAUCUUAGUUGGUCCUCUCGAGCCGCGGUACCUCCGACUAAUGCUCAGAUGAUUUCGAUGGUCUACUUCCAUUCUGUCCCGUCGAACCCUAGAUACGUCCAGUGUCAUCGUACACGAGGUGUUCUUCGGGUCCCCAGCUGGUCAUCACCUGUUCCCAAGA